AUGAUUAGUGCAGGGAGCUCCGGAGACACGCCUGCCGCCUCGCAGCAGCCGGACUUCCGCACCGCGGCUAUGGUCUUCCAGGGGUUGGGAAGCUUAAGCGACGACGACAUCCGCGUUUUCUUGCGGGAUUCAGGCACGCGACGCCAUUCUGCAGCAGCACCACCCUUCCGCUUCGAUGGCUACGCCCUCGCCUUCGCCUUCGCCCGCACCUGGUUUGGGGCCGACCAGCAAGCAGGCGAGCAAGGGUGUGGGAAAGAUGGCGCAGCCCAAGGACCCCGCCACGCCGACGCAGCCGGCGUUUGUGGUUGGAUCGUCUUCUACCAGCACCACGCCUCCUCCUACGACGGCACGGACGACGACCCCUUCGGCAAGAGCGGGGGAGCUGCGGCAGCAGCCACCGGCAAGGCGGCGACAGUGCCACGCAAGACGCCGCCCGCCAAGCCCUCAACGCCCCCUGCGGCGCCAGGAACCUUGAAGCCCGGAGUGGUGGCUCAGAUUGGGAAGCGCCCUCCAGUGGUGCCGCCCGACCCAGCCUUAGCGGCCUGCUUCGCCACGCCCUUCGAGGACACCACUGCGCAGGACUUGGAGUUGAUGGUGGAACAGCCGGUCGUCGAAGCGAAAGCCAAAGCUUCGACAGCCACGCCGCCGCCGAUCGACACCUCGCUGGUCUACCUCAACUUGAUCGUGCCGGACCUUGAGGACCACAUGUCCACGUCCCCCGCGCCGCAGGUGUUCCCGCCGGUGCCGACCACGCCCCUCUCGAGUGAGUCCGAGGAGCGCCAGGGGGACCUUAUAGACUUGGACAGCGACCCCGACGACGACGAGCCGCCUACUGUGACUCCAUGGCCCCGCGACGACGAGGAGGAUGACGAUGCCGGGCAGCCCGCUCUCGCCUCGCAGGCCGCCGCGAUGGAGACACAGACUGGGCCUUCGCCGACAACCGCGGAGGGGACAGGCGACGCUGGCGCGACCGGAAGCGGCUCUCAGCAGGCUGCCUCGUCAGCCGACGCCGCGCAGACUGCCUCCGCAGGGGACCCAGCGGACAACGCCCCCUUGCCGCCGCCGAAGUUCCCUCCACCUGAUGUGGUGGAACGCGAACGGCGCAGGGCAGAGCGCAAAGCCAAGGAGAGAGCAGACCGCGAUGCCGAACGCGCCGCUCUCGACAGGUGGGCUGGGUACCCGGACCCCUGCAAUGUCUUGCAGAAUGAGACGAACAGUAUUUGGACAUUGCCACCGGGAGUUCCGCCACAGCCAGCGCCCUCACGCCACGCGGACGCGCACGUCCAAGGCUAUUGUAACCUCGGGUGUGAAACCCCGAAGCGCCUUCGGACCAACGUGUGCCUGGGUCGCUGCUUUAGGAGUGAGUGCGCGCUGCCACUCCCCUCACGUGAGCUAGGCGCCUUCGGCCGGCCCGCGUUUCGCCUCGCUUCGCUUCUGUUCGUGCGUUUGCAUAGGUACCUCUCUCAGACGCCAGACGCAGGGUGCCGGGCGCUGCGCACGCCCGCUCGCGCCAUGACGACAUACGACUUCACUUGCUUUAACGACUUGAUUCGCGCCUGCUUCGACGCGGGCCUUGGGACCGAAGUCGUGGAUCUGCUGAGCGACGAGCUCAUAGAGAGCAUCCACGACGCUGCCCAACGCAUUGAAUCGGUUUCUCCGACCCUCGCCGCACACAUCACGGUCUUGAUCGAGCAUUCUGGCUACCGCCCGAAGAUGGCCGCGGUGCAGUUGGAACCGGCCGCGCACCAGAUGCCGGGCUCCCUCGCGGAAGCUCGUGCGGGGACGCCACGCAGCGACGGUCACGGCCCAGGGGCUCCAGCCCGCCAUGACCUGCCGCAGAUCCGCACCUCAGAUUCUCGCGACAACAUCUACGCUCGCUCAGCACGGGCUCCUCUGGACGCAAGGUGGACCACAUGGUGCAAGAUCUGUUCUGCUUGGCAACAAGAGCCCAUCCCGCUGACUCCCGAGCUGAUCGAGAUGGUUGGCGCAAGCUUUCGUUUCGGGGGGUAUCGCAGCUCCGCGCAAUACUUCUCCCGAGCCCGCAAGGAACACAUUCGGGUGACCGGAAUGCCGGCACCGGCCGCCGUUGAGUUGGCGAUUCGGGACGCCAUCCGCUCCAUCGAGCGCGGCGUGGGGGCCAACGCCGCUAAGGACGCCUUCCGCCUCGAUGUCUUGGACUUCGACCUCACCUCCAAGGGCGCGAGCUUCUCACUGGCACAUGGCAUGGUGGUUUUGGGAUCGUGGUUCCUAUGUCGGGAAAUCGAGCUCGCCAAUCUCCGCGUGAAACACAUGGCAGUGGACACCGCCGCCAAACAAGUCACGCUUACGCUGGCAUCGAGCAAAACCGACACAGUGGGCAGCCUGGUGCAUCGCAAGCACUCUUGCUACUGUGGUGUGGUUCCUGAAAAUAUCUGCCCUUACCACGCAGCGCUGCGCAUCGCCGAUGAGUGCUCCGUGGAUCCAGAGGACUUUCUCUUUUCACCGACACCGGGCGCUCCGCUCAGCAAGCACCAGACCAUCGAGCUCAUCCACGACGUCUUGCAGUCAGCCGGCGUCAACCUCUCCAGACCAGGAGCCCCGGAUGAGCCCGACGUGCAGCGCUUUGGGGGUCACUGCCUUAGAGUGUCGGGCGCACAACACCUGUGCCGCAUGCGCAUACCGGUGUCGACCAUUAUGCUCCUUGGGAGAUGGGGGAGCCGGGCAAUCGAACGCUACGUUCAAGAAACCGAGCUCGAGGACCUCUACCCGGUCGCGCCGUCUGCGCCGCCUAUGACGCCAGCGCGGAGCCAGGCCAUCACAGACACAGCCAAGGAACCGGACCUACGACAGUGGACCUUAGUGCAGCCAUCGGCCGAGACGCAAGAGCCGCCGGCCCAGGCGGCCAAGAAGCCCCGCACGGCCGGCAGCGCCAAGGAGGAUACGCAGAUUUCCUCGCUCCUGAGGACCCUCGACGGCAUCGCGGAAAGGCUCGAGGCAAUACAAGACCGACCGGACCUGGUCUGCAAGUCCACGGCGCACGCUCGCGAUCCUGAGGAGUCAUCUCGCCCGCCAGUGCAAUGGCGUGCUAAGUGCGGUUGGGCGUACGGUUACGCCAAGUUCACCAGAGCCCACGACGACGGCUCCAAGGAAUUGUGUCGGAAGUGUUUUCCGGAGAGCUCCGCAGCCUCGACUGCUAAGUUGGAGCAUGCGCCGGCUCGGUCUGAGGCGCUGUUCUCUUCCGCGGGCGCCGCCGAGAGCCUCAGGAAGUACAUCACGAACAUCGGCGUGACGACCACGGCCAUCUUCGCCGAGCUCGGGGAGACGAUCGAGGAAUUCGACGAAGCAGUUGUCGCACAGCUUCGCAAGCCUGUGGAUCUUCAUGACGGGACAGUUUUGGAACUAGCCGCAACAGAGUUUCCGGUGGCACGCGCUCGCCUCCGGCACGUUUGGAAAAAGUGUCGGGAAGCACACACGACCGCUACGCCCGCAGCGACGGCUACGACCACAACGACCUCGUCUUCCUCCUCGACCAAGACGAAGGAGCUGCCUCCCGGAUACUGGCAGCAACAGAUUAAGAAAUACGAGGCAGUCCAGAUCAAGGGCAUCGCGAGGAGAUUUCCUGAGACGCUACUCCUCGGCGCCGAGGCGACACUGGCUAAGCUCAUCGCCGACGCCAAGAACGGACAACACUGCUCGGUGCCGCUGGAAGAGAUCGUGCAGCACCGCCAUUUCAAGGCGUCGGGCGAGCCCAACAACCUCGCCUCCAAGAAGCGCUCUCGCACGCAGGAAGCGACGACCUUGGUCGUGAACGCGGACUUGCAGUUGGAGACGGAGCCCGAGGAUCGCUGGCGCCCGCAGUCGCAGACAGCUCUCCUGGACUGCUUGACGGCCAACCGCAUGGCGCUGAUAUUCAUCGAAUAUGCGCCCGAGCACGACUUGGAUCGCUACUUUGAAUACUGGCAACGCUUGGUACGCAGCAAGCCCAACAAGAUCGAGCAGUUGAAGCUCCACUGGGAGAACACAUCCUGGCGCAUCGCGCUUGCGCUUCGGAAAGCCACUCCCUUCAAGGAGAUCGCAGACGAGAUCAUCGUUGACAGCCAGGCCCUCCAGGACGCCAUGAACAGAGACAUUCAGCCCGAGCGCCCGACCAAAGCGCCUCGCCAAACCGAGCAACCCUGGCUGGAUCGUCGCGGAGGCCGUGGUCGCGGACAUGGCAAAGGGAAGGAUUGGCAGCCCUACCGCUCGUACACCAAAGGGGGCGACAAAGGCAACGGUCGUGGACGAGGCAAAGGUCGCGGACAGUGGCAAGGACAGCGCUACCAACGCCAGCACGACGAGGACAAGGACUACUGGCGCCGCAACGACGACAACCGCUACCGCGCCAACGACCAGAAGUACUGGCGGUCCUGGCAACAAGGUCGCCGCUCCCUCGCCGUCGUGAACAAGGCAGUGGCUCGAGCGCACAACCGCACAGCGCCCGACUUCGUGAUGUUGAGCUUCUUUGACGGCUUGGGGACAGCCUUCAUGGUAUGCGACAACUAUUGCAAGGAGCACAACCUGCAGUGGUCGGGGGCAUCAUGGGAGAUCGACAAGGACUUGGAAAUCUUGGGGGCCGAGCACUUCCCGCAAGUGACGCCUCGCGGAGACUUCGAGCAGGAGGACGCAGCAACCAUCCGGAAGCUCGUCGAGGAGCUCGACCCGUCCGGUCGAUCCGGACAGGAGGGCUCAAAAUUUACACGCUUCGCCCAGCUCAUCCAGUCUGCAGAGAAGUCAUGGGGCCGCAGCCGCGCCAUCUUGCUCGUGGAAAAUGUGAUUCCGCAGAACAGGGCGGAUAUGAGAAAGGAGAUCGCGCACCGCAAGGAUUGUCCCUUCAGCCUUCGAUGGACAACCAUGCAGGGGAUCCCGCGAGUGCACUUCGACGUGGACAAGGACACGCCGGACUCUUUCGACACCGAGGGCCUCACCCUGCCACGGUGCCUGACCGAGGAAGCCAAGCCAGUGCCGUGUCUGACCACACCUUCCGACGACCCGCAAGGACGCCCAGCACCGCGGAGCUCGAAAGGCAAGAUCAGCUCGGAGGCAACACAACGCUGGCUCGCUGACAAGAGGCGCUACGCUCCGUGGCAUUAUGAGUCAGGCGUCAUGAUGAUGGAUCGUGACCAGCGCUUGGUGCUUCCUCCCGCCAACGUCAAGGAGCAAUGGCACCACUUGCCUAAAGGCUGGUCGGCAUCGCUCCCAGACCACGCCCGCCACAAAGCCAUAGCAAAUGGUUGGCACGCGGGCGCAGCAAGAUUAAUGUUCAUCAUGGCAGUGUUCGCAGCCACGCCGCCAACGCCGGCAGCAGAACUUAACCCCCUCGGGGGCACGCCUCUUGACAUUACAGCCGCGCUAUGGCAGGGCAAAUCCCCUCUGCUCGGCCCAGGACCAGGUGACUACGACGAGUUCGACCUCUCGCACUUGGAGGACCCCGACGAGCACUGGCGACAGUCACGCGUCAUGCCUCAUCCGGACGCAAGGGAUGCCUUGAUCGAGCCCGGUUUGAGGCAGUGGCUCCAAGUGUGGUCACGAAUGCGGCCACACCUCACGGAGCUUCGCGACGCCGUGGCCCGACAGAUUGAGGACCUUGUCGACGACCUGCAGGAAGAAACGGAAGCCUGGUACCUGAGCCUCGCACCGCACGUCCAGAAGGCCUACCGCAGUGAGACUCGCACAUGUUCCUUGCAGCUUCCAGCUCUGGAAAAAGUGUGCAACCUCUUCGGCUGGCAGGACAGGGAUAUUUUCAGGGAGCUAACGCACGGAUUUCGUCUUCUAGGACCCCUCGCACCCGGAUUGGGCUGGAAAACACGCAAUGACUUUCGCUACGCCGACCCCAUGCCGAUCGACGAGUUCCUGCAGAAGAACGAGCUCUACGUCAAGGACAAGCUUCGCCGUUGUCGCGUCGACCCCUGCUGGGAAGCCAUGGCCCGCGAGAUCGCCGGCGACGUCACCAAGGGACGAAUGGAAGGCCCCUUUAGCAGCCCGGGAUCGUGGCCGAAACAAGCAGUUCCAUUGACGACGUUCUCUCACACCAGCAAGCUGGCGCAGGGGCCAACAGCCCACAAGCCCACCUGUUUCGCCUUCGCUGUGCACCAGGUUGGCUCUGACGGCAAGCCCAAAGUGAGGAGGGCAGAGGACUGGAGACGCUCUUUCGCCAACGCCACGGUCGGUGCAAAGGACAGCCCAACCUACCACGACAUUUCUGCCUAUGUUCAGCUCGCGGUCGCCAUCAAACAAAAGCACCCGCAAGCGCAGCUGCUCAUAUGGGGCCUGGACCACGAGGCCGCCUAUCGCCAACUGGCGGCUGAAGAUCCCGACCAUACAUGGGUCAUAUUACCGACGCCACAUGGCAUUACCCUCUGGCGGCAUACAGUGCUGAUGUUUGGGUCGGUGGCUUCCGUAUGGGCCUACUGUCGCAUCGCCGACCUGAUGUCAUGGCUAUGCCGCGCUUGCUUGCUCACGCCAGCGCUGCAUUUCGUGGAUGAUUUCGGGAGUUGCGAGGACGCCGACCUCGCCUCGUCCUCUUUCGAGUGCUCCAAGCGACUGUGCAAGGCUUUAGGUUUUUCUUUCAAGCAGUCUAAGGAACAACCGCCGCACACGACACAGGUCAUUCAGGGAGUCGAGAUCUCCGUGCACGACAGCUUCGUCAAGGUCAGUGGCACCGCUGCGCGCAGACAACGCUUGGACGAGGACCUCGUGAGCAUCCUCACGUCCAACAGGCUGCCACCCAACGAGGCAUCUAGCUUAGCGGGUCGACUUCAGUUUUACUGUCAGUCUGUUUUGGGCAAGUCGCACUCCGCAGCGCUCCGACCUUUGUUUCGCCGAGCACAGCUCACGGGCCAUGGCAGAGACAACCAACAGUGGAGCCUCAACAAGCAACUGCUGCAUGGAAUCGGGCUUCUUCGUUGGAGCUUGAAGCACGCAGCGCCCAGGACGCUUCCCUUCGAGCCAGAGCCGCACUCGGUGGUGUACGCCGACGCCUUCUUCAACCUGUUCGACAAGGACUGGAAACCAGGCGCUGACGACAUCCCCAACUGGGCCAGGACGCCGCCCGAAACUUUGCGGAACGGAUGGGGCUUCGUGGCCACAAUUCGUGGUCGCACGCUCUACGCCAACGGCACCGUCCCUUACUGGUUUGUACGAGAGUUUGCCAGCCGCCGCGCCUACAUAUACAUGUUAGAGAUCGUGGCGCAAAUCUUGCCGCUGAUAGCCUUGCAGGAGCACCUGGACAAAUACAUCGUCAUGUUCGUCGACAACGAGCCAGCGCGCCACGCACUGUCCAAAGGCUUUGGCAAAGACGAUUCGAUCAACUGCCUGCUGCAGCACACGUGGCGACAUAUCGAGUCGCUGUCGCUCCGCCCCGCUUGGCAGCGAGUGACAUCCGCGGCCAACGUGAGCGACGCUGUGAGCAGAGGUGACCUUCGCCACGCAUGGGCAGAAGGCUGGAC